UUCAGUGCUCUGCCACUGAACUACAUCUCAACAUGUCACAUUCUUGUCUCAGGUGUCAUUUAGCACCAUGGAGAGAGUGCAGGAUAUUUGAACGUGGUGUUUAGUAGGUAGCCUCUCCUCCAAGACCAGAGCUGGACGCCACAGAUGUGCUGAGAUUGGGAUUCAGCUCUGCUUAUAUGGGUCCGGUCCCUGUUGUUUCAGGGACUAGGGAGAUUCUCUAGCUAGGAAUUCACACUGCAGCUGGCCACCUGAGGAGAAGGCAUUCACAGGGUACUACUGGGAGACUGGCAUGGCCAUACCCCUAGUCUGCCACCAAGCACGCUUAGGUGCCCCCACUGGUGGGACACCCCUUGAACAAAUGUAUCUUGUUCUUGGGCUGGGGAUGUAACUCCAUUGGUGGAGUGCCUCCCUAGUAUGCACAAGGCCCUGGAUUUGACCCUGAACAACAUAAACUGGAUAUGGUGUCUUAUGCCUGUUAUUCCAGGACUUUGGAGGGUGGAGGCUGGAGGAUUAGAAGUUUAAGGUUGCUUCUGAGAUUCAUGAGAUUAUGUUUUAAGAAAAAGAAAAAGGUUGCUCUUUAAUCCCAUUACUUUGCAGUCACUAAAAGGCAGAUAGGCAACAGGACUGAGGAUAGUUUUUAGACAGAGAAUGGCUGGCCAGGGAAGUCCUGCCCAAGCUCACAGGUGGGAAGAGAGCCCAGCUGCACACAUGUCACACUGGGCCACUCCGGAGCUUGCCUCACUCCCUCUAAGUACUCUACCCUAGAGAAAUGUCAACGGAGACUGCUCCCUGAAGAAACCUCAGCUCAAGGUCCCCAGGUGGGACUGCACUGAGGCUUCAGGCUAGGAGGGGCCUGAAAGCUGAUAUCUAGGAAGGCGUGGCUCUAAAACACUGGCAAAUAAAAGCCCGGAGAGCCGGCACCAGUUUGGAGACCAGCAGGAGACACUGGGAGUCUACGUACAGCCUGUUUCUGCUGGACUGGUGAGCUGCCAUAGCAGGAGAGCAGGUGGAGCUGGGGAGGGUAGAGGGUUGUGAGCCAGGCCCUUGUUGGCCAAAGCUGCCCAUGGAAAGGGAAGAGGUUUGUACCCCAGAUGGGAUGGGACAUUCCAGGGAAAACCUGCACAGAAGGAUUCCAAUUUCCAUCCAGAAAUGGCUACUCAUACCGUUUCAGAGUAGCCCAGGCAGAGCGGCACAUACCCCACACAUUCCGCCAAAGACAGACAGGCUAGACCUCACCAGUCAGAAGACCCCGCAGCCUGGCCUCCCCUUCCCACCCUCUCUAUUUCAGAUGCCCAUGGCACCACGUGUCCUGCUCCUCUGCCUGCUGGUCCUGGCAGUCAUAGAAGGCCAUUGUCGGGAGGCAGCCAUGCCAGGCUGCCACUUGCACCCCUUCAAUGUGACAGUGCGAAGUGACCGCCAUGGCACCUGCCAGGGCUCCCAUGUGGCACAGGCUUGUGUAGGACACUGUGAGUCUAGUGCCUUCCCGUCCCGGUACUCCGUGCUGGUGGCCAGUGGCUAUCGACACAACGUCACUUCUGUCUCUCAGUGCUGUACCAUUAGUAGCCUGAAAAAGGUGAAGGUGUGGCUAAACUGCGUGGGGAGCCAGCGAGGGGAGCUUGAGAUCUUCACUGCCAGGGCCUGCCGGUGUGACAUGUGCCGUCUCUCCCGCUACUAGUCCCUGGAUGGCCAGGCUCUGGUCCUGCCACUGACAUGCUGUGGGCGACUCUCUCAAAGAAGGGGCUGCUCCAGCUCUGACCCUCUUUAGAGCCAGCGAAGAUGGGCUUUCCCUCCUUUUACCCGGCCUUCAGAGCAGUCUCACAGCUACGCUGUCCUUCACGCCUGUCCUCAAUAAAGCAGGCAAGGCUUGA